AGUCGUCGAUGAAGAAGAAGCAAGCUGUUCCUAUCUUCCCCAAGCUUCGAGAUUCCUUUGAAAAGCAAGCUGCCUAGUGUUGCUCGAGAACCACGAUACCAAAAUUCCUAGCUACGUUCGCUGCCUCCACAAUCGAGUCCUGGUUUGUCCACACGCUGUGCACACCUCCAACAUUCUGUGUGCAUGACUGAGAAUGGCUUUUCCGCAGCUGUCUGCAGCCCCAGCUGUUGUGGCAGACACGCGGCCAACCUGGCGGUUCCAAAUAAGCUUGGCAGAAGAUGAAGCAACAGUGGUCUCCUUCAAAAAGCUGGUGCGGGAGGCUGAGCGCUCCGCGCAGGCGCAGAAUGGGCCCCCCCAGGGACCGGCGCCCCUCCUCCCUGGAGGCCCAACUAUUGAGGCCAGUGAUGGACCAGCUUCGCCUCCCCACCCGACCCCUCCUGGCUUGGGGGGAGACCUUGCAGCGGACGGGCUGCCGCCCCCCGCCAAUCGCUUCAGCUCCGUCAUUGAGAGGAUUGAACGACUGUACACAGGGCACCAGAGCGACGAGGAGGAGGACACGCGCCAGCCGGCGGGGGCAGCCCCGGAGGAGGCCACCCCGCGCCACAGGAACAGGGAGGACGACUUCUACGACACCGAUGACUCGUUCAUUGACGAUGACGACCUGGACGCCUACUUCUCAGACCAGGGUGAGCCGGAGCACCAGGGCUUUGUGGUUACCAAGGGGGCAGUCAAGCCCAGGGCUCCACGCGUUGAGGGGGACGGAGCUGGGGUUACCAAGAGGAAGAAAAAGCGACCACGGGUGGAGGCAGCAGAGGGGAAGGAGACGGACAAUGGGAAGAAGGUGGCUCAAAAGAAGGAGACAGGGGCAGUUGGGGACAAGGGCAAGCCAGCCAAGAAGACAAAAGUCAAGGAGGGUGGCAAAAAGCUUGGGGUAGCGGAUGCAGCCAAGGCAAAGAAGGACAAGAAAGCCGAUGAAAAUGGGGCUAAGGCCGUUAAGAAGCCUGCCAAGAAGGACGGCCACAAGGUGGGGGUCUCGACAGAUGAGGAUGCAGCGUUGGCGCUGCCCGCAGUGAUUGCAACUCCUGCCAAAGCGGUGCAGGCAUUGGGGGGCCUGCCGCUAGCAGAGGAGAGCAAGGGUCCUGCCAAGAGUGAGGGCACGGAAGCAGGAGGGGCUGGGGGGGCCAGCAAGAAGGCGGGGAAGAAGACGCUGCUGGCGGACAAGGUGCAGCGGGCGCUGCAGGUGAGCAAGGACAGGGAGGAUGCGCAGGCCGCCGCCAAGCGGGAAGCAGACGCCAAGCGGGCCAGCAAGAAGGGCGAGGGCAAGAAGCGGAAGAAGGAGGGGGACGUUAGCGUGGGUCCAGGGGAAGGGUCACGCGCGGCGCGGACGGAGGUGGCAGGGAGCAUCCUGUCGGCCACAGUGUCGGGGGUGCCCAUUGGGCUGCUGAAUGCGGAGGUGAGCAACGCGCGCACGCUGGGCAGCAGGCCCGAGUCCAAGAAGCGGGCGCGCGCAGAGGAGGAUAGCGGCACUGAGACAGAGGAGACGGCGCCCGCCAAGAAGGUGAAGCGGGAGGCGGGCGAGGAGGGGGCCGACGACACGCGCUCCGCCAAGCCGCGCAAACCGCGCGCAACAGACCACGAGCGGCUAGAGUCCGCAAUUGCGGAGCUGGCCAGCAGCGUGGCGGAGCUGUGCCCCCCCGUCAGCGGCGAAGAGGUGGAUGGCGAUGGGGCAGGCGACGAGGGCGACGAGGGGAGCAAGAAGAGGCGGCUGCCGGGGCCCACCCAGGCGGCGCUGUCCAAGGUGGCCCGAGUGGCAGGCAUGAGGAAGGGCCUGAUUCCCGCUGAGCUGUUUCCGCGAUUGCUGCCCAUCGUGGGGCACGUGCUCAAGGAUAACAGCCUCAAGGUCAACCUGAAGCGGGCGCUUGCGAAAGCCUUGGAGACCAAGAAAGGGGGGGCGACGACUCCCAAGAAAGACACCUCCAGGAAGUCAAACGGCGGGACGCCAAGGAAGAAAGAGGAGGGGGCCAAGAAGCGAGGGCAGCCGCGCGAGAGUGCGGAAGAGCCAGGCGCGGCCAGCCCGGCAGGGCACCACGUGGGUAGCCGGCACGCCCUGGCGGGGGAGAAUGGGGCGCCGCCCACUGAUGCACAGUGCGCCCAGCGCAUGGCUGAGGCGCGGGCAGCCCUGGAGGAGCUGAUCAGCGCGCGCAUGGAGGCGGCCACCGAGGCGCAGCGGGGCGGUGAAGCGGGUCCGAGUGGUAGUGGCAGCGGCGAGCCUAUGGAAGCGGGCUUCGCGUGGGACCACCCGACAGAAAACGCGCUGCUGGCAGUGUCGCGCGUGUCGCGGGAGGGAGCGGGCGAACAAAACGGGCAGGUGGCACGCCAGCUGUACAAGGACCUCGCACAGCUCUGGCCGCCAGGCUGCAUGGACGUGGCAGGUUUGCAGAAGGCCAUCCGGCGUGCCAAGGCGCGCGCGGAUAGGAAGGGCGGCGACGAAGCGGUGGGGGCCAGCGCAGAGAAGCAGGGACAGGAGGAGGCGCCGAAGGGGGGAAAGAAGCGGAAAGCGAAAGCGGCGGGGACGGAAGGAGGAAAAGCGGGCCAAGCGCAGGACAAAGGGGGCGGAGACAGCCCGGCGAAAGGACCCGCGGGAGAGAGGCCAGGCCCGACAGCCGCGGCUGAGGGCCAGGGCGAGCCGCGGCCUGUAGCGGAGGCCGAGGCGGCGCACUCAUUACCCAGCGUGUUCAAGCAAUUCCAAGGAAGCCCGCAGGCGCUGCCCUCAGUAGUGCAGUCAUAACGGCGUGCUGCCUCCUCUUUCUGCUAGAUAGUACUAGUCGAUCGGGCUUGCAUCGGGGCAGGCAAGUCCCAGGCUGUAGCCGACCAAAUACAUUUGGUUAAGGUGAUAUGCGCGGUCCCUACAGCAGCGGCCCAACGCCAUUUGGCAACUGUAGGAUCGCUCCCUCAGCAAAGAGCAUUGUCAUUUCAAGGGUCAGCUUGCUUCUGCUUCUGAUGGCCGAAACAUCACCGCUGCUCUCUGUACUCAUUAAACAGCCUCCAAUGCAUGUUGCGC